AUGAACGAUAAGUUGAAUACUGUAACGGCGCAAGUACAUGAUACAAAACAAAAAGUUGAAGUAAAUGAAACUUGGCAGAAACAUAAGUUUGAAAAAUCACGCGAUCAACAUGAGUAUGAUGCCUUACGAAAAAUCGGCAAAGAAUUAGACCUAGCAAUGGAAUCUCACAGUACGAUGGAAGUGGUGGACCAUAUAAAUAAUGCACGAGAAAUAGCAUCCAAUCGUAUAUUUACACUAAGAGGAAAGGAUUUGUUAAUUGAAAAAGCGAAGACAUUAGUGGAAGUAAAAAAGGUGAAGCGACAAAAAACAUAUGAACUACCAAAAACAAACAAUCAUACCUAUUGGGGAAGCAAUUAUCGGGAUUCAGAAAAGUUUUUUCGAGCCAACCAGAGAAGCAAAAACAAUAAUCCAAAUUCCGGCAAGUGCUAUAUCUGUGAAGGAUAUGGACAUAUUGCGAAUGAAUGCCCAUCAGACCCGAACAAAGACAAUUACAAACAAUGA